UCUACGUAGAUUACUUCCGUGUUACCAAGAUUUUACUAUUUAGUUUUAUUAAAUAAAAGUCGAUGGCAGAUUCAGAGAAUCAGCAACAAAAAGAAGAUGUUGCGGCAUCAGACGAUCAUCGUAUUUUAGAAAACGGUAAAAACAAGACGAACAUUUACUGUCAACAUUGUCCUAGUUUAGUGCUGUCAAUAAACCAGGCGAAAAAGGUUGAGACUGAGUUUGUUUUGCCGCACAUGUUCAAGAAGAGAGUGGAAAGUGAACCAGACGAGGGCGAGACUCUGAGAGACUAUUGGAUGGUGGAAGACAUGUUCACGUUCGACAAUGUCGGCUUCACGAACAGUGUGGGAACAAUCAAGUACUUAAUAUGUGCUGACUGCGAAAUUGGACCAAUCGGCUGGCAUGACUCCACCAACAAAAAGAGAUUCUAUAUAGCCCUGGACCGAGUUAAACAUCAGUGAUUUUAUAUAUGAUGUACGUGUAGGCGAAUAAUGGAAUAUUGGUAGCAGACUUUUAGUUUGAAAUGAAGUAAAAUAACAGAGGGAUGGAAAUACAAAGCAUUUUAUAGUUUUUAAGGGAUCCAAAAUUGUGUUUAGUAAGAUUUUAUAUUAAAACUUACACACACGUGCAUACACAUGCAUGAACGUAUACACACACACACAUGAAUGCAUACACGCACACACACAUUCACGCACACAUACACAUAUCAACAAAACCCAACUAUGUAAGUAGCACAAGUAGCAGAACAUACCAGUAGCAGAAGGGGCCAAUUGCAUUAAAUCACAUUCAAUGAGGGGGAGGGGUAGCAUAAUCAUCAAGUUUGUUUUAUUUAACAACACCACUAGAGCACAUUGAUUCAUUGAUCAUCGGCUAAUUGGGAUGUCAAACAUUUGGUAAUUGUGACAUGUAGUCUUUUGAGAGAAAACCUGCAACAUUUU